UUAAACAGCUAGAGACGGUCCCGGUGUUUUUCAGUCUGGCUUUCGGUGUUCUGAUCGUCUGAACGGGUUUAUUUGUUACAAUAGAGCCGGUAACGGCGGACAACAGAGCAGAUGUCCGCGCAGGGCGACUGUGAGUUCCUGGUGAAGCGCGCGCGCGAGCUUGUGCCGCAGGACCCAUAUGCAGCUAAAGCCUGGCUGAUCACCGCGCGCACACUGUACCCUACUGACUUCAACAUACAGUAUGAGAUGUACAGUAUUGAGCGUAAUGCUGAGAGGACGACGUCUGCUGGCCGACUGCUGUACGACAUAUUCGUGAAUUUCCCCGAUCAGCCGGUGGUGUGGAGAGAGAUUUCUGUGAUCACUGCGGCCUUGAGGAACGACAGCCAGGACAAACAUGCACAGUUUCUCAAAGCUGUGUUUGAGACUCUUCCUGGGCAGGUUCAGUGUAAGAUGCUCCUGAAGGCCACAGAACAGUGUUUCAACACACUGGAGAAAGCAGAGAUGCUGCUGCUGCUACUUAAGAGGUUCCCGGAGUCUGUGGUGCAGCACGGGGUCAGUUUAGGAGAGUCUUUACUAGAGGCGGAGUCUGUGGAGGAUCAGGAGACGCCCGUCAACUGUUUCAGGAAGCUGUUUGUGUGUGACGUUCUGCCGCUGAUUCUCAAUAAUCCAGAGAUGUGUCUUCCUGUCAGUCUGCUCUAUAAAUACAUGCACAAAGCAGCAGAGUUUUACAUCUGUUACGUCACGCGGGAGCCCUCGGCGGAUGGACAGAUGCAGAGCUCACAGGAAGUGGGUGGUCUGAAGUCUCCUGGGCGUGGACGGGGCCAGCGGUGUGUGAUUGAUGGGCUGUCAGAGAAGGCGUCAGUGGUGACAGAGCCGUGGGAUAGGCUGCUGGAGAUGGUGGGCGUGGUCGGCUCGCUCUGUGAUUGGCAGGGAGAGAAAGGAAGCCGGUCGUACGCUGAGCUCCUGCAGCGUGUGUCAGAUCUCUGCAGGUUUUUAUCAGCUGCAGACACAGAGGGUUUCUCUCGCUGCUGCAGUCAGAUCGUCAGCUGCUGCACACUGGUGCUGUUUCACUGCGCCUUUCACUACGUCUCCGCAGUACAGCCCUCACUCUUCCAGGGUCACUUGUCUCUGAGUUCGGGUCCGUGGGUUCUGCUGGAGGAUCUGUCCAGUGUUUACGCUGAUGUAGAAGUGGAGAGAAAACACACACACAAGAAACGCAAACUGGCUGACGGACGAGAGAAGACCAUGAGCUCUGAUGAUGAGGACGUGUUGGCCAAAGGCAGAGGGCGGCACAUUGUGGUCAGUAAGUCGGAGAUGUUGAACUGGGCCGAGACGUUGGAUCAUUUCCGCACGGCCAGAGAGAGCUGGGAUCUGCUGCACUCACACCCGAGCCUGGAGGCCGAGUUUGCGAAGAUCUGCUCAGCGUGGAAAACUGAGAUGUGGUUGUGGUUUCGCAUUUUCCUCACAGAUAUGAUCAUAUAUCAGGGUCAGUACCGUAAGGCUCUGUCCAGUCUGGCUCUGAUGUCGUCACUGCAGCUCCAGCAGAACCAGAACUCUCUGCAGAGCAGCUCCAGCCUGGAGAACCACAGAGCCGUCAUCCAGCAGGCCUCCUGUCACUACGCCCUGGGGGAGUACAGGCUGGCGUGUGAGAAGCUUCUGGAGGCCGUCGGUGGUUUAAUGCCGCAGAACCAGGAGUUUGUGAAGAGCAUCGAUGAGCAGCGCAAACCCCGCAGCAAGACCAGGAGAGGUAAUGACCUGAGGCUCGUCCCCUGCACCAGUAAAUCCAUCCUUCCCUUCUGUCUUCAGCUCAUGCUGGCCUGUUUUAAACUGAGGGCUUUCACGGACAACAGAGACGACCUGGCUCUCGGUCAUGUGAUCGUGCUGCUACAGUUUGAUUGGCCGCAGGGUGAGAGUCUCUUCCUGAAGGCGGUGGAUAAGAUCUGUCAGCAGGGCAGCUUCCAGUACGAGAACUUCUUCAACUACGUCACCAACAUUGACAUGCUGGAAGAGUUUGCUUACCUGCGCACCACUGAAGGGGGGCGUGUCCAGCUGGAGCUGCUGCCCAAUCAGGGGAUGCUGAUCAAACAUCACACUGUGACCCGAGGAAUCACUAAAGGUGUGAAGGAGGAUUUCCGGCUGGCGAUGGAGCGUCAGGUGUCGCGGUGCGGAGAAAACCUGCUCAUGGUUCUGCACCGUUUCUGCAUUAAUGAGAAGAUCAUCCUCAUCCAGUCUUUACCCUGAUUAACCUCAUAUACCUGUGUGUGUGUGUCUUUUUUACUGAAGACGUUACUGACACCAUGAACCAAAAUAGAGGUAGGAUUUAAUUUCGGUUUCAAUUAGCAAACAUUAAAUAAAAAUAAUUCUGCAUUUCUUUAUUCUCUGCUUGUAAGAGGCAGAUUACCCCAUUUUGUACCAUUGUAAAAUAUGUCAUGAACUAGACUGUUUCUGUGUAAAAUAAUGUGUUGUUGGCAGCUCGUGAUAAAUAAAACUGUGUUUCUGUAA